AUGAAUAGCGACUUCAAUCAGCUACAACAGCAGCAGAAGCUGGGCUCUUCCAGUACGUCGGCUGAAAUGCCGUCCGGCGCCCGGCCUGCUCUCCCGAAGCCCAAGAAGGCAGCAGGAAGAGAGCGCGGCAACUCACUGCUGCAGCAGCAUUUCGUUAAGGCGGAUAUCUCGAUUGAAGACCAGCUAAAAUAUUGCCGGCACUUGCACACAGCCAGUCAGAAUUUCGUUGGUUUCAACAAGGACAAUCUACAUAUCAUCGCGACAUCUUUCGAACACUUGUGCUUGACCGAGUCAGAAAACAAGAGGGAAUACAAGGCAAAGAUCCGCGCAAAGUUGCGUGAAUGGAAUUACGAGGAUUUCUCUGAAGACGAGGAAGCCGAUGCUUUAGCUUAUCAGUUACAAACAGCUCUGGAGAGCUCUGAACCUAUGCAAACAACUACUCUUAUCACAGGCGAGAACCUCAGCUCCCUUCCGAGCUCUUCAGCAUCUGGAAGCCAUGUUCACCGCGCCCCGUCUGAACGAAACCCAACUCCUCACAGCACUGGAUCCACUGCUUCCAAAAACUCUUCAAAGUUAGGGAGAUCAUCCUCCUCGCGCCCACGAUUACCCUCCCCCCAGCAAUCUUUCCCAUAUGGAUCCUUAUCAUCAGCUUCAACCCUCUUUGAUCCCGUCUUUCUCGAUAAGACCAAUCUCAAUGACCCAGCUGUACGCGCAAACUGGGUUGAGGCAGUUUGGCACUAUUUCAACAGCGGUGGUUGUCCUCCACCCCCAUCAGUGAAUACAGGCAGAGUUAGGAGCUCUAGCUUUGCUUCUAUGCCCUCGCCAGCAAGCCCCACUACUCCUACGAAUGGCCGUUUCAGGUCCUUAGCAGUUUCAGACCAUCAUCACCACCACCACCACCACCAUCACCCUAAUCAACCACAACCACAACAAGAGCAGCAUAUAGAGAGUGAAUACGAGGUUAUGGAAGGUGUAGAGACAUAUUAUCAGCAAGGACCAAAUCAACAACAUAAUAUCGGUAAUCUAGGACAAAUAGUUGAUCUUGGAGCUCUAGCUCCGGAUCCAGAAGCUUUAUCAUACGUUCAGCUGGAGCAGUGGCAGAAGAUACAAGAUCAGAACAUCGGCAACCCCUAA